AAAACAUCCUUCUGACUAUAGCUGCGGCACCUGAAGUAACAGGAGUCGACUUGUCUUUUUCAGAUCAUCCGGAUAAUCCAAAUACUUUUAAAUAGAAGAGCAGAAGCUGAACUGAACUUUUUUGCGCGUAAAAACGCAUAAAUUGGCUACAGAUUGUGAUUUCUCUCCCCAAUCUCCCUCUUUUCUCCCUCUCUCUUUCCCUCUCUCUCUCUGCUUCCCCUCAUUUACCCCAUAUACCUAUUCUGGUAUCUCACCACACGACUAAAUUAGACCAAAGAUGAUAAGAGCACAAAGCAUUAUAAUUCCGCCGGGCUCCUCCUCCUUCCAGCCAUGCGUCCUAAUUAAUGGGACACCCCCAGUCGCAAAAAGCCCCGCACUGGACUGCAACAUAGUCAAAGAGUGAAAGGGAAGAGGGCGAAAGUGCCACUGGAGAUAAUUGAUUACCUACCAAUCAAUGAUAACUUGUUAGUAAUCGUCAACUCUUUGGACCUCGCCAUUUUCAGGGAGGCAACUCACUCCUGCGGACUUGCUGCUCCCGAGGAUCGACACUUUGAGCGCAUCCCAUUUUGGAAUAAGAUUUUCUUUUCCUCCUUAUCUUUGUUUUUGUCCCCCGAAUCUCCAAAACUGUUAUGUGACUUUUCUCUCCACGUUUCUGACCUCCGAAUAUUUUCAACCAAGUCCUAUAAACUCUGCGUACAACCAAUGAUGACAUCCAAAGAAGUGGCCAAAUGUGAUGCAGUGGAAAACAGGAGGCGAAGUCCGCUGGACCACUUGCCGCCUCCUGCCAACUCCAACAAGCCGCUGACCCCCUUCAGCAUCGAGGACAUCCUGAACAAACCGUCGGUGAAACGAAGUUACACAAUUUGCGGCACGGCUCAUCUAAUUUCGUCCUCUGAGAAGCACCGUCCGUCCAGCAUCCCUCUGUCCAGCCGGGCUCUGCUCACCCAAACCUCUCCGCUCUGCGCGCUGGAGGAGCUGGCCAGCAAGACCUUCAAGGGGCUGGAAGUCAGCGUGUUACAGGCUGCGGAAGGCCGGGACGGGAUGACUCUGUUCGGCCAGAGAAGCACUCCGAAGAAGCGUCGGAAGUCUCGAACGGCGUUCACCAAUCACCAAAUCUACGAGCUGGAGAAACGCUUCCUGUACCAGAAGUACCUGUCCCCGGCCGACCGGGAUCAGAUCGCUCAGCAGCUGGGCCUGACGAACGCGCAGGUCAUCACGUGGUUUCAGAACCGGAGGGCCAAGCUAAAACGGGACCUGGAGGAGAUGAAGGCCGACGUGGAGUCGGCCAAGGCCGUCGGCCAGGUCCCGCUGGACAAGCUCGCCAAGCUGGCGGAUCUGGAGAAAUGCGCAAACGGCACGCUGGGCCACCCGCGCGCCGAGUCCCCCGUGCGGGGAGGCCAGCAGGAGCUCGAGCUCGCUCAGAAACUGCGGACAUCGCCGCUGUCUCCGUUCUCAGACCACACAACGAGCAAGGAGUGCUCGGAGGACGAGGACGUGGAGAUUGAUGUGGAUGACUGAUGGCGCAGCGAGGAGCUCCGACGCGCAAACACACAAACAUACAGAGACGCGAUUUAAGAAAAAGAAAGAAAAACCCACCGAGGACUUGUAACUUACUGCUUAUAUUGUAUACCAUAUCUCAGAACAUGUACCAAAAUGUAAUGACUUUUAUAUCGGCACAGAUAUUCAUAGUGAAGCAUGAACACAGAACAAGAUAUGCAGUGGUAUUUUACAAUGUAUUCAUUAGCGAACUGUUAGCAGACUUCUUUCGAUCAAAGCAAUAUGGUCUGAAAUGACACGAGUAACUUAUUAUUUUUUUACAGCAUAGGCCAACACACACGCGCGCGCACAUACACACACAGACACAUGCAUUCAAACACACGCGCACACAAACACACACACACACCUGCUCUGUUGCUUUCCCCCUCUCUCUCUCCAAAUACACCCAACAAUGAAAGUGCUCCAGUUUUCCAUAUUUUUUGCAUGUAAAUGCAUGAUUUGAUUUGUGAUCAUUAUCUAUUUAUUUCUACUUCUCCUUUUUUAAUUUAAUUGCUUUUGUAUUUUCUGUGAGCCAAAAUCGCCAUUGAGUCACUGUGUCACUGCCGGCUCUUCCUCCUCUCCUCCUCUUCAUCAUCAGCAUCAUUAUUAUUUAACUGUAGAUUUCAGUGCAUGAUGAUGAUGAUGAUGAUGAUGAAAGGCAAACUCACAGUUAUGGAAAAUGCUCAACCGAUGGCGAGAAACAGCAGCUACUUACUGCGGUGAUUUUGACGAGCUCUAGGCUACACUUUAUAGAUUUAUUGUUUGGAUACAAUAGAUUUACAGUUCAAAUUUGUUAUGUUUUGUACACCUGUAAGUGCCUUUCUAAAAUCAGGACAUUAUUUGAAAAACCAAUGCACAGACUGUAAUGUAUAUAGGCUACUAUGGGAAUAAAAAUGGCUUUUCUGAA